CGCGCCUCUAUCACCGGAAACAAGGAAGUUGAACUGCUAUGUGACAUAAACCCGACCAGUGAUGUUGUGUAACCGCACGUUUUCAGCAUCAUCAUGCCUGUAGAGGGUUCUGAGAACCAGGUGCCCUCAUCUCUCUCCAGCCCUGCCAGUGCUGCCCUCACCCCGGGGGGGACUGAUGAGGAUGGGGCCACUGGGUGCUCAGCAGUCCGCUCUUUACCUGAAAACAGCCAGGGCUCUGAAGCUGCUGCAGCUUUUCCUGCCAACACUGGACCAGAUGAGGGAAACAGUGGUAAGAGGUCUGGAGCCUUGCUACACAUCAACCGUCAGCGUAUCCAAGCAGCAUCGGCUACCUCUGGAGCUGAUGAACUCCAGGGUCUUGGUGUGGCCGUGUAUGACCAGGAUGUCCUUGAGCAAGGUGUCCUGCAACAGGUGGACGAGGCGAUCCAUGAAGCCAGUCAGGCUGCUGCUAAAGCCGAGGCUGAGAAGGAAUAUCAGUCAGUGCUUGAUGAUGUCAGGUCUGUCACUUUGUCUCUGAAACAAAUCAACAAGAUCAUCGAGCAGCUGUCUCCCUACGCUGCCUCUAGCAAAGAUAUCGGUCGGAAGAUUGAAUCAGUCAAACGACAGAAAGAAAAUAAGGAGAAACAGCUUAAGAAAGUCAGAGCCAAGCAGAAGAGACUUCAGGCCAUCCUCGGUGGAGAAGACACCCAAAGAGUAGAAGCGGAGCUUCUGGCAGAGUAUGAUGAAGAGGAAGAGGCCGGGCCAUCCACACUGGGCAGCAUGCUUAUGCCCGCUCAGGAGACUGAAUGGGAGGAGCUCAUCCGAAAAGGACACAUGACUCCUUUUGGAACCCGUAUCCCACAGAAGGAAGUUAAAAAAGAGCCCCGAAAGGUGAUGCUUGCUGAGAACUCAGCCUUUGACCAGUACUUGAUGGACCAGGCCAAGCUGGCCACUGAGAGGAAGAAAAUCCCUCCUCCAAAGAAGAGGAAGACCUCAGGGCUCAGCCCUGAUGAGCAACACAGGAGCAAAACAAAAAAAACUAUGUUGUCUUCCAAGGAUAAAAAAAUGAGAAAGCGCAUGAGGAAGCUCCAGAUAACUGCUCUGAAGGCUCAUCCCAAAGCUCGGCCUAAAGUGGAGCCACAACUCCCAAAACCAAGGAGAAAACAUCGCAUGGAGGGGGAGGAGACCGACAGUGAGGGGUCAGAGUACCUGCCCAGUGAUGAAUACAUAGAUCCUGAUCAGGAGGAGAGAGAGGCCAUGGAGGAGGGCUUUGGGGAGGACGAUGAUGAAGAGUAUGAGUUGAAACCAUACGAGAGAAAAACUGAAAAGAGACAGAGAAAGAAAGUAAUGAAAAAAGAGGAGAGUGAGGACGAAUACUACCCUGAGAGUUCAGAUGAAGAGGAGGAUGGGAAGGGGAAGCACAAAAAAUGUAAAGAUGAUGGAGAUGUGGAGUACUACAGACAGCGAAUGAGAAAGUGGAAGAGACAACGUCUCAGAGAAAGAGAGUCGAGGAGAGAAAGAGGCGACGAACUCUCAGAUGACAGUGAUGAAGAAUUUGAUGAAGGAUUUAAAAUACCUGGUUUCCUCUGGAAAAAGCUUUUCAAGUACCAGCAGACAGGUGUGCGGUGGAUGUGGGAACUCCACUGUCAGCAGGCGGGUGGCAUCCUGGGAGACGAGAUGGGGCUGGGAAAAACCAUCCAGGUCAUCAGCUUUCUGGCCGGCCUGAGCUACAGCAAACUAAGGACGAGAGGAUCCAACUACAGGUAUGUCGGCCUGGGUCCGACGGUCAUCGUGUGCCCUGCUACAGUCAUGCACCAGUGGGUAAAAGAGUUUCACACCUGGUGGCCUCCUUUCAGAGUCGCUGUUCUGCAUGAAACCGGCUCGUUCACCAGCAACAAGGAAAAGCUCAUACCAGAAAUAGUAGCAUGUCAUGGCAUCCUGAUAACUUCAUAUUCAGCUGUGAGGACUAUGCAAGACACCUUGCAGCGCUAUGAUUGGCAUUACAUUAUUCUGGAUGAAGGCCAUAAGAUCAGGAACCCGAAUGCUGGAGUCACUACAGCCUGCAAACAGUUUCGGACUCCACACCGGUUCAUCCUGUCAGGCUCUCCUAUGCAGAACAAUUUAAAGGAGCUGUGGUCUCUCUUUGAUUUUGUUUUCCCGGGUAAACUGGGGACUUUACCUGUCUUCAUGGAGCAGUUUUCUGUGCCCAUCACCAUGGGAGGAUACAGCAAUGCCUCACCUGUACAGGUCCAGACGGCGUUUAAGUGUGCGAGCAUGCUGAGGGACACCAUAAAUCCUUACCUACUCAGAAGAAUGAAAGCAGACGUCAAGGCCAACCUCUCCCUACCUGACAAAAAUGAGCAGGUUCUGUUUUGCAGAUUAACAGAGGACCAGCGGCAGGUGUAUCAGAGUUUCUUGGAUUCCAAAGAGGUCUACCAGAUCUUAAAUGGGGACAUGCAGGUAUUCUCAGGUUUAAUAGCACUAAGAAAGAUCUGUAACCACCCGGACCUUUUCUCUGGCGGGCCCCGCAUACUGAGGGGAAUCCCAGAGGACCAGCUCACUGAGGAGGAACAGUUUGGCUAUUGGAAACGUUCAGGGAAGCUGAUGGUGGUGGAGUCACUGCUGCGACUGUGGUUUAAACAAGGCCACCGAGUCCUCCUCUUCACUCAGUCCAGACAGAUGUUGGACAUCCUGGAGGUUUUUGUGAGGGAGAAUAACUACUCGUACCUGAAAAUGGAUGGCACCACCACGAUAGCCUCUAGACAGCCGCUCAUCGCCCGCUACAACGAGGACAAAUCUAUCUUUAUCUUCUUGUUGACCACCAGAGUUGGAGGUCUGGGAGUCAAUCUGACCGGGGCCAACAGAGUUGUAAUCUAUGACCCAGACUGGAACCCAAGCACCGACACGCAGGCACGUGAGCGAGCAUGGAGGAUCGGUCAGAAGCAGAAUGUGACGAUUUACAGACUUCUGACCGCUGGGACCAUCGAGGAGAAAAUCUAUCACAGGCAAAUCUUCAAACAGUUUCUGACCAAUCGGGUGCUGAAGGAUCCCAAACAAAGACGGUUUUUCAAGUCCAAUGACAUCUAUGAUCUGUUCACGCUUGCUGAUCCAGAUGGAUCUCAGGGAACAGAGACCAGUGCCAUAUUUGCAGGUACAGGCUCUGAUGUCAAAGCACCCAAGAAACCUGAGAGGCCAAGGCCGUCACAUGCUGUAAAACAUGGCAGCCAUGUACCUAAACACUCUACAGACCAGAAUGAAACCAGUUCAGACAGAAGACACUCCUCAUUAAACAUUCCUACAGUAAAAGACGAAAAAACUUCUCCUUCCAGCAAAAACGCUCAGGUUGAACCAGAUGUCUCGAUGGGCAACCAAAGCAACAACCAAAAUGGCGUGGUUGUUGAGCCAAAUAUUCCAGCAAAUACAGAUCUAACAGGACAGAAUAACUGUGAUGCAGCCAAAAACCCCAGCACGUCCAGCCCUCGCCAACACAGAGACAAAGACUCUGCUCUAACCAGCCCACAAAAACACAGAGAGAAGAGGAAGCACUGCGACUCUUCUGACUCACACAAACAUAAUAAGCGAAAACACUCCAAAGACGCUCGAUUUGAAGGCCAUCGCAUCUCUCAUUUGGUGAAGAAAAGGGCCUUUAAGAAAGAAGAGGGUGAAGAAAAUGAGGCAGACAACCAGAAGAAGUCAGAUGAUUACGUUUUGUCAAAGCUCUUCAAGAAAUCUGGUAUCCACAGUGUGAUGCAGCAUGACACCAUCAUGGAGUCCUCAAACCCUGACUAUGUUCUCGUGGAGGCAGAAGCAAUCAGGGUGGCCAAAGACGCCAUGAAAGCACUUAAGGUUUCUCGUCAGCAGUGUAGGCUGCCCUUCAACAGACCCCCUCCUCCACCUGCAAGGAAACGGUUUGGACAAAAGAAGAAUUCUCUGCUGGUUGAUAAUUCUGUUAAAUCAGCCCCUACUUUGAGUAAAUGCAAGGAUGCUGCUUUUAUAAAGAAAUCUGUGUCAAAGAAACCGGGAUCAGCAGCUCAUUUCAGUGGGGAGGCAGCCGACAGUGACUCAAACUCCGCCCCGCUCUCUUCCUCCUCCCUGCUGGCCAAGAUGAGAAUGCGUAACCACAUCAGCUUGCCCUCAGGCCACAGAGAUGAAGAAGAACAGGAGGAGGAAGACUCCGGAGCAGCAGGCCGGAGCUCUCCAGCUCCACCCACAGAGCACGAUGAGCUGCUGGUAGAUCUGCGGAACUUUGUAGCCUUCCAGGCGAGUGUGGACGGACAGGCCUCCACACAGGAAGUGCUGGAGUAUUUCAAACCGAGGCUGACAAAGGAACAGGCGCCGGUCUUCAGGGAGCUGCUGCGGAGUAUCUGUGACUUUCACAGGCCUGCUGGUCAGGAGGGCAUCUGGAGGCUGAAAGGGGAGUUCCGUUGAGAGGGGCAGAGAAUAAGCUGAACUGUGGUGCAUAUUUGUGUACUUGUAUGUGAUGAGUCUGUGUCGACAUAAGGUGCAACGUUUGACUUUUUGUUGUUUGACAAAAAUACAUCAGCCACUUUCCAUCAAAUGAACAUUUUCACUAAAAGCCGUUAAUAAUAGGUUAAUGUACCUCUUAAAGCUCCUCUGAGGACUUUUUGGUUGUGUGAUAUUAAUAUUGAUGUUUCUGUACAAACUACAGAAGCAAACAACACAAUCGCUGAUCUAUUUUGAUGCCUGAAGCUACUGCUGGGGGGUAGGUGCCAGACAAGGAGUCAAUCUUUUUGCAUAAACUGUUUUUACUAACCAAACAACCUAAAAGUUCCUUACAGAAUCUUUAACGUAGCAGAUGAAGCUGUGGUAAAACCACAUCACGGUGCCAUGCAGACUCAAACAAAUGCCGGUUGAUUAUCAGGUAACUGUCCAGUUAAAAAAUGUCUUUUGUGCUGAAAUUUGUUCAUUGUUGCGUUUUAUGUUUCUCAGCUUGUUAUUUAUAUCCUGUCAUACUUGAAUUCACCCGUUUUGUAUUUGCUUGAAAGUUGAAACUGUUCUACUUUGAGAAGGAUUUACAGUGACAGGAGUUGUUGCUUUGAAAUAUGUGUACUAUUAUAACCUCACAGGUGACAAACUUUGUAAAUAAUAAAUGUGAUGGGAUGUAGUGAGUCACUAUGUAAGCAUGACUGCUUGACCACAGGUUUUGGAGGGUUUUAUAAUAAAUGACAUAUUUUGAACUGUAUGUAAACAUAGCGGGGGUUUAGGGAUGUUUACAUUUUUUAAAAUACCUACCUCCAGUUAUUUGUUGAAACUGACUAAAGCUGAGUUAUUCAGCUGCCAUGUUUAUGACGAAUUUAAAAAGCUCUUGAUGCUGUCAUACAUAAACUGUAUGCAAUAAAGUCUUUGUAUAGGAUUGUUCUCUUGUAAUGUCAUUUCUAGUAAAGACUGUACCACAAUAAAGAAGAUCAUUAGA